AGGAAAACCGCUUGGACUUGACGGCCUCCGUCUGUUGACGUCAUUUGUUCAGCGAGCGAUCACGUAUUUUGCAUGCUACGAAAAGCGCGGCCAUGAGGAUAUCAAUGGACAGGUGGUUGAAAUGCUUCUUGAUUGACAGAAAUAAAUCGUUGUGCUCCUUGGGACUUCAAAGGUACUAGCUGUACUAGAAAUCUUUAAUUAUUUUUGAAAAAUAUUGCACUACCAAAGCAUAGAAUUUGUCAUCUUUCAUUUCAAUGUUAUUAUGACACUGUAAAACCAAAUGCAUACCUUUUUUCAUGUUAUUUUCCCAUAUCCUGAAAAAUGUUCUCGGUCAUGCAAGGGGGUACUCUGCUGAAAUUGUUUUUGAAAGGGGAUACACAAGCCAAAAAAGUUUGAGAACCCCUGGACUAGAUAAUUCAAUACCUUAGCGUUUAAUUUUGAAAGGGACAAAAACAGGAAGUCCUGUGUAGUUACGGUUUGCUUCAUGCAGCCACAUCCAUUCAAACAGUAGUUGGCCCCGCCCCCUGCUGCUACCUGAGAGACUCACCUGAUCACACCUGAGUACCUGUCCACACAGGUCUGAGUUUGAUUAGAUUAGGAGAACCGUCAGUCCAUCAUGGCGGGCUCGCAGCUGCUCUGCAUGGACGACGAGCACGUGAACGAGAAGAUCCCGGAGUCCAGAGCUGAGUUCUACUACAGCGAGGAACAGCGCGCGGCGCUCGAGCGGCUGCUGCAGAGCGGCGAUGGUGCGUUCAAGAUGCGCCUCAAGGAGGACAACAUUAAGGACUUCCUGUCCGCCAGGGAAGUCCGGCUGCUCCGCAAGACCUUCUCCGAGUAUGACCCGGAUACGGAGUCCGAGUCUGGGGACUCAGGGAAGUCCAAAGGGUCCUCCAGUGCGGAUUCUGGGGUCCACUCCACUUACUGGCCUGAGAUGUCCGACACAGAGGUACCGGCUCUGGACAUCGGCUGGCCUGGAACCAGCGGCCUCUACAAGGGGGUGACCCGGGUCAGUGUGUUCACACACCCGCCCAAAGAACCGGGACCUCACAUCAAGGAGGUGGUGAGGAGGCUCAUCCAGGAGGCCCACAAGGUUGUGGCCAUCGUCAUGGACCUCCUGACCGACCUUCAGAUCCUCCAGGACCUGCUUGACGUCUCAUCCCGCCGCGGGGUAGCCGUCUACGCUCUGCUGGAGGCACGAGGAUUGCCACACUUCCUGGACAUGUGCACUCGGCUACAGAUCAAUGCCGUGCACCUGAGGAACCUGCGUGUGCGGACAGUGAGAGGAGCAGGACUCGCUCUGUCGUUUGGAAAGCUGCCGGGCUCGCUCUGCUCCAAGUACAUGCUGGUGGAUGGGGAGAAAGUCAUGUUCGGCUCCUACAGCUUCACAUGGACUUCAUCACGGAUGGAUAGAAACAUGAUCACAGUGAUGUCAGGACAGAUUGUAGACACGUUUGAUAACGAUUUCAGGGAGCUGUACGCCAUCUCUGAACAUGUUGACCUCUACAAAGAGUUUAAUAUUACCAAGCCGCCCCUCCCCGCACCCGUCAGGAAGCCAAAGGUGGAGCCGAUCCGUCCUCUCCCUGUCUCUAUAUCUCGCUUUCAGGUGUCUGUGGGAGAGUCUCGACAGAUCGAUCUGAAGGUGCCGGCUCACAAAUACCACAAUCCAAAGUACUCCUUAGUGUUUGGGAACAGUACGGGCCUGACGGGGUCUCUGCAGGACCUGUCCACCACAAGUGACUCUCUGAUCAGCGGGCUGAACCAGAGGAAUGGACUGCAGAACAUCAAAGACAGCAGGGUGAAAAUGGGCGGAGUCUCUCCUGUGAGCACCGGUCCUCCCUCAGAGGAGGAGGAUGAGGAUGGGAAGGACGGCCUGAAGAAGAAUAAAAACCCUGGUUCAAAGAAACGUAGUUCCUUCAGACAUUUCUUGAAAGGCAGAGGAGCCAAUCACAGUACAGAGACAAUAUUGGAGGGCGUGGUCACUCCUCCAAACCCCACCCCUGUUACUAAAGUGUCAGAGACUAAUGAUGUUACAGGAAAUGAGAUGGAAGACUCAUUUGAGAUCAUUGACAAACCAGCUCCCCUAAAAACCAAAACCAAGAAGCCAUCAAAGGUGAUGCAGAGAAGUUUGUCUCUGCAGACCAUCAACACAGAAGAAGAGGAUGGACCCAGAAGCCGUCGGAAGCAUCAGAAGAAGAACUGCAUCCAGUCUUGAGAUAGAACAACUGGACAGUUGGUAACGAGCAGCUGAUGACUUGCAGGUUGUACCUGCUGAGUCACAUGAUCACCUACCUGUAACAGGGGACUUCCUUUUAGAGAAAUUAAAGCAGUCACAGUCUGUCUGGUGGGAAGGGUUACAGUUAAACCCCCCAUGUGAUCAGUAACUCCUACAGAGAGUCUAAAGUUUUUAGCCAAAGAUCUAAAGGAUCAUCAUUACUCUGCUUUUAUUAUUAUUUUUUAAUUAAAGUAUUCUGUUCAGUGUUUUUAUAUUCCCCACUUGUGUACAACCCAGGCAUUGCCUCAGGUUAUGUGGGUGGAUUACAUCAUGUCAACCUGGUUGCUACGGAUACAGGAAAGUGAUCAUUUGUGCUGUUGUCCCUGAGCGUCACCUUACAGGAGACCCUCAGUCACACAGAGAGAGAGGGUUUGUAAAGGCUGUGAAUAAUGAAUGCUGAGCACACCGCUGUUGUUCUUAUUUUACAAAAGAAAUGUGAAGACUUUGAACCACUUGAGAUGAAAAUAAUAAAAGUUUUGUAGAAAAAAAUGUAACUAAAAAAACAUUAAAAAACAGUGGCAAACAUA